AUGUUAUCAGACAGUAUUUUUAAACGGCCUUUACAUACCACUACUCUUGUUUUUGGCUUAAUUGCAGGCGUUGUGCUCACCAUUUCUACGAAUUCUUUAUUAAACUGGAUUAAAAAAAAACAAACAAAGAGCAGAUCUGAUAUCCAUGAUAAUUAUACUGGAACUGAAGAAAUUGUAGAUGGCGUUCCUGGUUUAAUUGGUAAUACGCCACUUAUGAGGAUCAAAAGUUUAAGUGAAGCGACAGAUCGGGUUGCUCUCAAUAUAAUAAACAAAGCUGAAGAACAAGGUUUGAUUAGUCCAAAUUCAGGAUGUACCAUUUUUGAGGGAACUUCUGGUUCCACAGGGAUAUCCAUUGCAAUUAUUUCUCGUGCCAAAGGUUACAAUGCAUGGAUUAUAAUGCCGGAUGAUCAAGCAGAAGAAAAGUAUCAAUUGCUAGAAAAGUUAGGUGCAACAGUUGAAAAAGUGAGGCCAGCAAGCAUUGUAGAUCAACAGCAAUUUGUCAACUUAGCUAGAAGUCGGGCAAAGCAAUUUGGAAAAAAAAGAAACGUUCAACAAGACGUUGCGGAUAAAGAUUUUGAAAUUAUUGACAUACAAAACUCUGUAGAUAAUUCUGGAAAAGCUGGGUUUUUUGCUGAUCAAUUUGAAAAUUUGUCAAAUAGUGAAGCUCAUUAUUAUGGAACAGGUCCCGAAAUAUUUAAGCAAACCAACGGCAAAAUUAAUGCAUUUGUUGCUGGGGCUGGAACUAUUUCUGGAAUAUCACGCUAUCUUAAACCACUCAUACCUUCCCUGAAGGGUACACGACGUAGACAUCAGGUUGAUACUAUUAUUGAAGGGGUUGGUUUAAAUCGUAUGACUGAAAACUUUAAUGCUGCAAAUGAGUUAAUCGACGAUGCGAUACGUGUUAGUGAUGAAGAGGCUGUCGCAAUGGCAAGAUAUUUAGUUCGGGAAGAAGGUUUGUUUCAAGUGAGGUUAAAUAUAGUCUGA